UGCAUAGCUCGUGGGACCUUCUUCAAUUGAGUCGGCCCCGCAUCCCAAGUCGCUGCGGCUCUGUCGCUAGGUCCCUGCUGCGAAUGCCAUCUCUUACAGCCUAAGACCACAACGCCCGCCGCCUUUCUUCUUAUCAUUGAAACGAAGUCUGCCCAAAAUCCCUUAUUCUCGCCAACAUCGUUCCACUUCUGCAUCUAUCCAUGGGAUGUUCUCAUGGGAUCCCUGAGAAGCAUCCUCCGACGCCCUUCUCCGCAACCGUGUCCACGUCACGAUGGUUGAUGCACAGAAUGCCGUCGACACGUUCAAAUACAGGCUGGAAAGCGACUGGAAACUACACGUCGCUUGCCAGCGGCAAUGUCACGCUCGUAAUCGUAAUUGCACAUGUAACAAGAGCCUUGUCCAUGUCGCUAAGUUCGACGAGUGGAUCCAGCGAAAAGAUACCGACGAUACGAAUAGUGUUAUCGAGCGCCUUCUGCUCGAGCUGCAUCCUAAGAUGAAGUCGCGUCAGAAGUUCAUCUUUGAGUCGAAGGCGAUCCUUGAAGGGGACAAGCGAUGCGUGUUGGUAUUCGGCAUCCUCCUCAACCUUGGCCACGGCGACCUAAUCGAUAUUUUCUACAACCACAACGUCGUUGACCAAUACCUACGCCUGGCGAUAUCAGACCAUCUCGCCCCACUUCGCGCCGAUCUCGUAUCCAAAAAUGCCUGUCAAUCCAACGACGUGGCUAAUAAAAUCAUCAACGACUUUGAGAAGGCAAAAUGGGCUUUCUGCCAUCCUCCGCUUACGCUGUAUAUGAAUGAGAACUUCGAAGGCGCCAAGUUCAUUCUACCAUUUUGUCGUCACAAUCCUGUCAAUUGCAAGGGAGGUACUGCAACCGUCUUUCAAGUCUCAAUCCAGGAAGAGCUCGUGACCAACAAGCCCUUAGCAAAGGCACUCGAGAAGUCUUUGCAUUCGGACCCCAUAUAUGGUAGUUGCUAUAAGAUGGCAGUCAAAUCGUAUUCGAGCGAUACCAAAGAUAUCUACGAAGCUGAAAAACAAGCGUUCUUAGGCCUCCGAGGCUCCCACGACACCCCUAUCGUCAAGUGCCUCGGUAGCUUCUCACACAAUGACGGCGAACGGAAAACUUAUAAUCUGUUGCUUGAGUACGGCGAAAUGGAUCUCGACGAAUUCUGCGCCGACGUUGGAAAUGUCCCACCCGUCGGUUCGAAAGAAAUAAUUCGCUUUUGGGAUUCAUUGUUCGAGGUCGCCAAGGCAAUUCAGACGAUCCACGAAGUCCACACUGGGCGUGGAAGCACCUGGAAAAAGUACAAUGGGUGGCAUGCCGACAUCAAGCCAGACAACAUUCUUCGGGUGGGCCAAGAAUUCAAGCUGGCCGACUUUGGGUUCGCGAAGUUUGCCGAGGCCGUCGAAGAUGAUAAAACGCCUGAGCAGUUCAUCAUGGGUGGUACAGACACCUAUGGUGCUCCCGAAUUUGCCCGCGCAAAACGCGCCGAGACUCAGUCGGCAGUGAAACAGACCAUUGAUACGUGGUCUUUUGGCUGCGUGCUUUCUGUAGCCGCAACAUGGGUUGUUCUUGGCUACCAGGGAAUGCUACAAUUCUGGACACUGAGGACGGUCGCCAACGGUGAGCGCAAAAAGGGCGGAGAACAGAGCACCGACCGAUUCCACGACGGGAAAGACGUCUUGCCUGAGAUCAAAUCCUGGCACAGAUACCUUGCCAAUCACGUACGGAUAGGCGAUACCAUCACCGCAAAGGUCCUCAAUCUCAUCAACGAGGACAUGCUCAAGGCAGACCCGGAGGAGCGACUGACCUCUACUAAGCUCUGUAAAGAAUUGGACAAGAUCCUCUCAGGUGCUGAAGGAAAGAGGAAAGCAAUGCUCCAGGAAGGCACCCUAAGCGAGACUGAGUUUUCCACCCAAUACGCCCUAUUAGUUGCUGAGAAAGCGGCACCAUCAGACUCAAAUACUGCCCGACCCCAUUCAGCUUCGCGUCCUGGUCCUGUUCAACUAGAUCUCACCAUUCCUGGAGUGGCGAACACACUUCGAGUGAAUAUUGACCCAGCUGCUCACCAAUCUAAGCGUAUUGGGAAGGAUGAAAAGCUACAGAAGCUCCCACUCGCAAAGACGCCACACCGAGAGCAGAUCUUGGAAAAGGAAUUGGGCUCGCAGUAUAAGGUCUUCCCCGUGGGGCCGGCACACGCCGGGAAUGGCCACAACGGCGCAAAGACCGACAGCCCGACUGGUAUGUAUGAUAUUUUCCAUGGUCCAACGGCCCGGGCUUCGGAUGCCGGAGCGAGCAGGAUUCUUAGCGACGCGGUCUCUUCCGGACUCGGUACAGCUGAGGAAAGGCUGCGAGGUAACCAUGGAUCCAAGCAUUGGAAAAGGGGCGGCCAGGGCCAGGACUUGGUCACUGCCCCCUCCGUACAUGUGGCGGUACCGCCGGUGGCCAAAUCCAUGGACGUUCCUUUGCUCGAUGUUACGCAGCUAGAGCGCAUUACUCACGUCACUAUUGAGGACGCGACUCCACAGAAACCUGAGCAGCCCGCCAAAGAGGAAACUCCGAACAACCUAAUACCUGAAACCCCGCAGAAUGUCUUCCCUCACACGUCUGAGCAGCAUCUAGAGAGAUCACAAGUGAAGCUCGCCACAAGCUCACUGCCGCCCAAUGUGUAUGAUCUUCCCUGGGAUAUUUGCAGGAUCCGGAAGAUACUGGAAGAGAGGGUACCAAAAGGAACGUUUGAAAAAGCCAAAGCCAUGUUCACCAACUGGUUGUCCAAGGAGUACAAGAAGGACAAGUUCUACAAAUAUCUCGGCAAUUUCAUCAAUGAUCGUGAUAUGGUCUUUGUGAUCGACAACGACUCCUCGAUGCGCGAAUUCUGGGGGAUCACGACUUUCGUCGCGGAUACACUAGCCAUGCAGCUUGCGGGAUUGGAUGACGAUGGCAUCGAUGCCUGGUUCACUGUUAAGGGCAAGGAUCUCAACUGUCGUAACAUGAAGGGCCUGAAUGGACUCAAAUUGUUGCACAACAAACUUGAAGCAGGCCGACCCGAUGGACCUUGGAAUGGAUACCCUCUAUAUGUCACGGACAUGGCCGCCACUCUCAGCAGCAUCUUCAACGAGUACUGGAAGGGAAGGCAGAAGAAGACGACUCUUAUCGUCCUUACUAAUGGGCGGUGGCAGGGAUCGAAGUCCGACCUCAUUUUCAGGGCGAUCACCGACUUUGCAAAGGAGCUAGAGUCUGAUAAGCGCAGAUUCCUUGACCGGCAUUUCUCAAUCACUUUCGUUCGGUUAGGCGAUGAUCCUGACGCUAUUGAGCGGCUAGAGUUCCUUGACGACCAGUUGUGUGUUCAGAACAGACUCAAAGACAUCAUCGACUCCUGCACCUGGAAGGACACUGUCGAGAAGAUCCUCCUGGGCAGCGUCACCGGGUACCAAGACGACCAGGACCAAGCGGCGCAGAGCGUAGUCUACGACGAAGUAGCGCUUAAUAAACUGUUCAAUGACUUCGACAGCUCGGCCACGAUAUCUCCCUCCCCGCGGCGCUCUCCAAGCUCCUCAAGUCUCGAUCUCCAACCCGCGGAUCGCGCGAUGUCUGCGCUGUCAACUCCGACCGGCAAGAUGCGAAAUUCGCUCUUUGGGCGUCCGCAUUAGUUGCUCUGCACGCGACCCUCUAUUGUUGUGUAUUCUGCAUAUGCUCCAGACCAUCAUUCUUUUGCGGCAGGAUACGGCAUACGAGUUUGGCGCAGCAUGUGUCUGGAAUAGGUAAUUUUGGCGUUGGAUUCGUGAUACCCCCGGAAAAGGUCAUUUCGGCGGUGUUUGUUUGACUUCCUCAUUGUAUACUAGAUAGACUCCUGGCCCCCGAAGCAACGCAUUUCAAGUG